UGAAGAAACACACUACUCACGCUCAGUGUUGUCCCUGUGUGUUCAAAGAGAGUGCAAUUGAGGCUGUGCUUGGACCAAGGUCUGUGUGUUAAAUAUGGGAGACCAGAGAUCAGCCCAGCCCCUACUGCUUUUGCUGCUGUCCCUGAUGCUCCUUGCCAGGCUGUCACAGCUGUGGGCCUUCCCCUUCAGCCCAUCCCUGGACCUGGAUGUCACUCCCAGGACUACUGUCUUCUCCAAAGGUCUGUUGGGCAGCGCCUGUUUCACCGGCUCAUCCCAGAACUACAGCACCCUUCUGCUGGAAGAGGAUGCCGGGCUGCUGUACGUGGGAGGCAGAGGAGCUCUGUACGCGCUCAACACCUCCAACAUCUCCACACCUGCAAACCUCAUAAUUGAUUGGGAUGCUUCCCCUGAACAGAAGAAGCAGUGUCUAAACAAAGGCAGAGACAAUCAGACAGAGUGUUACAAUCACAUCCGCUUUCUUCAGCGAUACAAUGAGACUCACCUGUAUGUCUGCGGAACAAACGCCUUCAGACCUCUUUGUGCUUAUAUCGAUGCGGAGCGGUUCAGCUUCUCCUCAGGCCUUGAGGAUGGCAGAGACAGAUGUCCAUAUGACCCAGCAAAGGGAUACACUGGCCUCCUCGUAGAUGGUGAGAUGUUCACGGCCACUCAGUAUGAGUUUCGCAGCUCUCCAGACGUGCGCAGAAAUUUCCCCUUCCCCACGCUCAGGACAGAGGAGGCUCCCACCCGGUGGCUUCUGGAGGCAGAUUUUGUAGGCUCUGUGUUGCUGAAGGAGAGCAUCAACAGCUCCACCGGUGACGAUGACAAGAUUUACUUCUUCUUCACGGAGAGAAGCCAGGAGCAGAUUGCCUACCCUAGCCAGACCAAGGUGUCCAGGGUUGCCCGAGUCUGCAAGACUGACUGGGGUGGCCAGAGGACCCUGCAGAGAAAGUGGACCUCCUUCCUCAAGGCCAGAAUGGUGUGUUCAGUCCCUGAAUAUGAGCUACACCUCAAUAUCUUGCGCAGUGUGUUUGUCCUGCAGGGUCGAGAUGCUCAAAGCAGCAUAUUCUAUGGCAUCUUUGGUCUGGAAUGGAAGAAUAUCAAAGCAUCUGCUAUCUGUCAGUACGCCUUCUCAGACGUGCAGAAGGCUUUCGAGGGGCCAUACAUGGAAGUGCAGGACUCAAAGUGGAGAGAGUUCACAGGGAAAGUUCCAGAGCCAAGACCUGGAUCUUGUAUAACAGAUCUGCACAGGUCCCAGGGCAUCAACUCAUCACGAGACCUCCCAGACAAUGUCCUCACUUUCGCCAGAAGGCACCCACUGAUGGCCAGCCAGGUGCACCCAAUAGGGGUGCGCCCUCUCAUGUUCAAAAGGAGUGUCAACUAUGUCAAGAUAGUCGUGCACAAAGAGCCGGCGUUGGAUGGAAACAUUUAUACUAUUCUGUUUUUGGGAACUGAUGACGGAUGGCUACACAGAGCUGUAGACAUCGAUGGAGAAAUGCACAUCAUAGAAGAGCUGCAGUUGUUUUACAAACCUCAGCCCAUAGAGAGCAUGGUCAUAUCCUCUGCUCUGAGGAGUAUCUAUGUUGGGUCCCACUCUGGAGUCGUGCAGGUACCGAUGUCAUCCUGUCAGAGGUACACUUCCUGUUAUGACUGCGUGUUUGCCAGAGAUCCGUUCUGUGGCUGGGACGGGAAUGUGUGUGUGGACAUAUCUUCACAUGCACACAGGUCAAACCUAACCCAGGAUAUCUUGAGAGGGAUCAGGGGUUGUAAGGAGAAUUCAGGAAAUGUGGUGCAUCGGAGGCGUUCUGUGAUGUCAGGUGACGAUGUGCUACUCCAGUGCGAACUGCGCUCCAACCUGGCAGCUCCGCGCUGGACACUAAAUGGCAAAGAACUCCAGGGGUACGGCCUCAAUUCAGGCUACCGCAUCGGCACAGAUGGCCUCCUCAUAAUCGGAGCUCGUGCCCAACAGAGCGGGUCUUACCGCUGCUUUGCUGUCGAGAACUCUGUCUCAGUCCUGGUUUAUCUUUACACGGUCAAGGUGCACACAGACUCGUACUUCCCUGUGGAGCCCACAGCAACAACUAAUCCCACUACAGUUUCCAGCCUGACUGUUUUCUCUACCAGCAACCCCACUGAGCAGCCUCUGCCAUCACCUCCGGCCCCGCAGCCUCCAGGACCUGAGUUCCAGACCUACAGACACAUGGAGGCCGUGUACAUUUCCUUGGUGGCGGUUCUCGGAGGGCUUUGCUUGGUGUUGACUGUGGUGCUGCUUUAUGUGAGCUUUUGCACCAGACGGGCCCCUCAUAAUCGAAAGUUCUCCCAGCAGGGGCUGCAGGUCCUGGGCGAAUCUCAGAGAAAGAGGAGCUCCCAUUUUGAACUUAAAACCAUCUCCAGCCACUGCAAUGGCCGCCAGGGUCGUCGGUCCAUCUCGGUGCCAACCUUCGGGGACAUAGGUGAUGGCUUCCUCCAGAUAGUUCCAGGUGAGGGCUCUCCAAGCAAAACGCCUCCUCCAGCCCCUCCUCUUCCUAUGCCACCUCCGCUGCCCAACAUGGACUACGCUAAUGGGCUGUCAGCCACUCUACCCAGCGUGCUGAGGAAGAUGAACGGGAACAGCUACGUGCUGCUGAGGCAGGCCGACCCCGAGGGCAUGUCGCCGCUCUACCACUCUUUCACAGAGGAGCUCAACAGGAUCCUGGAGAAGAGGAAACACACACAGCUGGACCUGAUGCAGCCAGAUGAGAGUUCCAUCUAGGACACCCUUCUCAGUCUUUGUCCCACAGUUAUUUAUUUUUACCCCAACGGCGACCCGUAGUUGUGGGGAGAACUGACUGUUGUAUCUGCUGUUAUUAAUCCAGUGUCAGAGUACCUGCAGGCCGUGUCCUAACCUGAUCUGAAAUGUGCAGCCUCCUGUGUCUCCCAUGACAAGUGGCCCAUGAUUUCACUUCAACAUACAAACCAGAGACUGUUGUUCAAAAAGUGAAGCUGUGAAAAAAUUGGCCAUAGACUGCAAAUUACCACGAGUAGGGAGCUUAAUGAUGCUACCUCGGUGUAUACACUCUGGAGACUUGUGAAAGAUGGUCGUCAGAUGAUACAAAAAGACAAAGGUGCAAAAUGGACAUGGGUAAAAGAAAUCCGGCCAGAAAGUGAUCACAUAUUUUUGAGACUGUGGAAAUGUUCAGGAAGUUUUUAGUGCCAUGAAAUAUUAGCCUUAUAUUAUAACAACAAUAUUAGUGAUACUCCACCCAAAAGCUGUCUGUUGUGCAUUGUUACAUGGCGUGUUACAGUAUUUAAGUUAUUGGCCUGCCUUCCACCAAACAUGCCUGCAGCCGGGCCCUACGUUUUGCAAGUUUGACAUGAGGAUGUUUUUAAACAAGCAAAUGCAAGCAUCCCACCGGCAGGACAUACAAGCAGAGAAGAAGAUUAUGCUACAAGGGGAGUUUCAUUUUUUUAACAGUGAAGACCUGUCCAAAUUGAAACCCAUGAUAAUGAUCCAACUAACGAUUGUUUUUACAAUCAAUUAAUCUGACAGUGAUUUUUUUUUUCAAUUCAUUAAAAAUGAAUUUUAAAAAGUCAGAAAAUACUGAAGAAUGUGCAUCACAAUUUCCCAGCCCAAGGUGAUGUCUUCAUAUUGAUGGUAUUGUUGACCAACACCCUAAACCCCACCAAAUAUUUUAAUUAAAAUAAUAAUAAAUAUGUCCAUGAUAAUUUUACGUCCACCUUUCAAGCCCAUAGAGGUGUCUGUUUGAUAUAAAACAUUUUACGUGGAGUAUGGCCUUACAGUAAGAAGCCAGUUCUGUUACAAUGUAUGAGAGCUCAGGUGGUAAAAACAAAUCAUAACAGUUAAAUUUAUUCAAACCACUCUCCUCAUUUCCCUCUGUUCUCAUGUAGAUGGCAAUAAUUACAUCAAUGCUACAGCUGUUAGUAGCAAUGCGUUGUGGCAGUGCCAAUGGAAACACCUGUAGCAAACUGUGAAACAGUUUGGAUUUCUUUUUCCUGGUGUCUUUCUGUUUUUAGUAUCUGUGUGAGAAAAGAGAUACAGUUGUUUGAAAGGCAGCUUGAGUAGUCUUAUUAAAGACCAGUAAAGGAGUCAGUUAGUUUGUGGUCAGACUGAUUGAAUUAACUGAAGACCACAGACUGGCUUCAGGGCUCAGGUGGAUGAGAGGAAACCACAACAAACACUGAAAACAAACGGUUGAGAUACCGUAAAGAAAAUGCUUAUUAGCUGUUUUAUAUUUAAACAGGUAAGCACAUUAUAUUGUCUUUGUCAGACUGAAGCCCUGUUUUUGGAUGGUCAGGCAUCAACAUUAUAGUUUCAUGCCAACUAUUUUAAAGACUGAUGAAAACACUGGAUUCUUAAAAACGAUGUUAUAAAGAGACAAAAUGUUUUUCACCUAGUGUGAAUUACAUUGUUGGACAAUUGUUGGUCCUCUGCUGUGAAAAUGCAGCUCGUUGCUAAAUCAGAGUAGAGAGGACCUUCACACAUGCAACCCACAAAGGCAUCCUCCGUGCUGACCUGACAUCAGAGCAAUGCCAAAACAACAAGAGCUGCGGGGCAGACAGUAUUUCCUUAGCAAGGUGAACAGCACUAUGAUUAAAUAGCACAUGUAUAACUUAAGAGGGAUGUGACAGAAAUGAAUCUCUGAGUGGUUUGUAAACGUGUCACGGGCCAGCGGUAAAUAAAGAUCUGUCUUUCCAGCAAAAUGUUGAAUCAGCUCUUGUGGCAGUGGCUCAGCAGCAGCCCGCUGUGGUGACUCGCAGCGUGCAUUUGUCAGAGCAUCGCUGACAGUAACAGCAGUACUUGGCUCACCUCCACGAAGAGAGGACGGGGGCUGCAUGUCUGUUUGCCUAGAGAGCUGUCGUCUCUGCAGGUGGAAGCAGACAGAAAACAUUUGACCUGAGUGUCCUGGUUAGCCAUGCAGGAAGCAGAUGAUGAUGCAAAGAGGCAGGAGCUAUUUUGCACUUAUAGGUAUGCUUGUCUGCCUUGUAAGCCACUUUAUUCUGACCCUUUUAUGAUUGAGAAAUAAUCCAGAAAAUGAACUCUAUGCAGACUAAUAAAUGUCCUGGUCUGGAUGGAAGAAAUUCUUUCUGACUUAAAGCCUCAAUGUGAUUCAGUCAAAGUGCUUUUCCUGGGGCUCUUUUUUCAGUCUCCGCACAACAGAUUUUGACACUUUUUGUGUGUACAGCGGAGUGCACUUGUGGGAAAUAUAAAUUGAAUUUAGGCAAGAGUGAACUUCUGUGUUUCCCAAACUUUACCGUUUCUCUGUUGCUCACAUGGAAAAUUGUUGCCUGGACAUUCGACCUGACGUGUGUAUCCUGUCUAACCAUUCAGAGAACAGAGGACGAAACAACUGUGACAUGUUGGCAGACACUACUUUGCACUUGCAUGUUUUCUACUUUUUUUCUUGUCAGCCUUUUUAGCCCUUUAGCACUUGUUUUCAUUCUCAUCUUCAUUCCCCCCCCUCUCCCUCUCUGCUGCUUCUUGUUUUUCCAUCUCAUCACCUCUGCAUGACAGUAUCAUCUAUUACUCUCUCUCUCUCUCUCUCUCUCUCUCUCUCUCUCUCUCUCUCUCUUUCUCUUUCUCUCUGUCUCUCAAGGACCCUGCUGAAUUUACAAAUGGCGAUCAUGGCCCCUAAUCCAUUAGAACCAGUUUUCAAAGAGCCCUAGAGUUUGUGUUUGUGAAACCACUGAAUAUUCUGCAUUAGUUUAACAUUAGAGGUAUUGUAAAUGCUGUUCUAACAUUUUUAUCUGAUAAUAUGAUUUGUGAGAUAGUUUUCAUUGCACACAUUUCCCAUAAGAAUCAGACAGCUUAAAUACUGUAUGUACUAAAAGUGCUCAGAAAGAUUAAUGAGGACUGUUAAUUCAGAGAGAGUAAUGGUUUUCUGAUCCAUGACAAUUGAUUCAUGGGAUUUAAUUUUAUUGAAAUCAAAGUUGUAAAGAAAUGUUCUUGUUGUGUUACAUUUUAUUACAAGUUUAAACUUUGUAAAAUGAUUGCAGUAUCUACUGAGUUCAACAUGUUACUGUACUUAACCAUGUAUUAUAUAAAAGUUGUGGACAAUCCUUAACAUGUUGAAAGCUUCAUCUGAAUCUCAGACCAUUGCUGCUGCUUCAUUCUCACUUAAGGACAACCUGUUUACAAUGACACUGGCUCUGGACUGUAUUGUACUAUGGACUUUAGAUAAAAAUAGCUGACAUAUUGGCUACCAGUUUUACACUCAUGUUGUUUCUGUACACACACACCCACAUUGAAGCAAUUGUUUUUGCAGAUUCAAUAACAUUAGUCACAUCCUGCUGUGUCAAUAUGCAACAUGCAGUAUAUUUUAUGUAGAUGUAGAUUAUUUCUCUGGGUGUUGGCCAAAGAAACUGCUGUAAAGUGCUGUUUGCACUGUUAUUUUUAACUACUUUGUUAAAAGUCAUGUAGUAUAUGCCUUUGUAAAGUGUGACACUUUCCAUCAA